AUGCCGUCCUCGCUCCCAGGCUCGCCGAAGGACCGGUCACGAUUCGAUGUUGACGUCAUCGAGGAGAUCAUCUGCGUCUCGUGUUGCUCAACAACAAACAGGCGUGCUACCCGCAGAAUCGUUGUCAACCCCGACCAGCCGUCCCUCGCUGACGCUGCGGUACUUUUCGUGGUCGACCGGAUCGCACACAACUGCGAGGAGCAGCCCUGCGACGGGGAUGUGGCUGUUCGGCGCACCACUCUGGUCGACCCGCCACCACUCUUCUGCGUUCUCAAAGUUGCUGACCCUCACCACUUAAACAUCGGUGUAGCGGAACUGCUGCCGCAGCUUCAUCUCCCCAGCGCAUCUGGCAAGGCCGUCUACCAGCUGCGCUCCACUUACCAUGGAGGUGACGACACGCCACACGACUGGGCCAAGACGGCUACUCCCUUCACGCAGGCCGAGGCACCAAGUGGAAGAACCUUGGAGCACCUAUACGCGUCUUAG